AUGAAGACAUCCGCUGUCCUCGCUUCUAUCCUUUUCGGCUCCUACGCCGUGGCUGCGCCUUUCGACAGGCGCGCCCUUGUCUACAAGACCGAGGUCGUCACUGAGACCGUCGUUGUCUACACCACCGUCUGGGACGACGAGACGACCGCUCAGCCAACUACCACCAGCGCUGGCGAAUUCUACGAGCAGCCCAGCAAGCCUUCCACCACCAGCACUGUAGUCGUGCCCUCGUCUUCUGCUGUGGUCACUCCCCAGGCUGCUCCUACCAAGGCCGCCCCCACCUCCUCCAAGGCCGCCCCCCCAGCCUACACUCCAGUUGUUCCCGAGAAGCCCUCCAGCGUCUACACUCCUCCUGUGGAGACCCCUACUUCCGUCUACACUCCUCCUGCUCCCACCACCACCACUCCUGCUCCUGCCCCAGUCUCCUCGUACGUCGCGCCUCCUCCUGCGCCUGAGCCAACCACUACCGCAGCCCCCGAGCCAGUCUACUCUCAAGCUCCUGCUCCUGCUCCCUCAAGCGCAGCCCCUAGCUACGGCUCUGGUGGCGUAACUUCCGGUGAAUCUUUCGACGAUGUCGAGAUUACCGUCUACGACAUGAACGUCGGCGACCUUGGUGCUUGCGGUGAGCUCCAGACCGAUGAUUCCAAGGUUGUCGCCAUCAGCAUCGGUGCCUGGAACGCCAUGGGCGGAAGCAUCCACGACGUCAUGACCGGCGAGUCUUCCAACCCAUGGUGCGGAAAGCAAAUCGAGAUUGAAUACCAAGGCAAGACUGCCACAGCCAAGAUCAUGGACAUGUGCCCUGGCUGCGUCAACAAGUACGACAUCGAUCUCUCCCGCUCUGUCUGGUCUGAGCUUGGCCUGUCUGAGACUACCCGCUACCACGGCGUCAACUGGAAGAUCAUCUAA